CGCAAAAUUGCCCUUAAAAGUCAAGAUUUUUGGGUCCAAAGUUCUCAACAAUUGUAUGUUUUCUUCGCCAAUUAUAGAAUUAUGGUACUAAGAAAGCCGGAGUUUCUUUUCAUGUUGACUGCAACCUCUUCUAGAGCGGAAAGAGCAGUUUUAGAAAAUAACUUCAAUGCAAGUAGUCUCCUACACACUGCUGUUUGUUUUGGAAAGAUUUACCUGGUUUAAUUUAUCAUUAUUAGCUAAUUGCCUCCCCAAAAAGCACAUUUGCAGAAGAAAAAUCUGCAAUUAAUUAGUUUUGAGGCAGUGAUUCAUUAAAAAUGUAAAUAAAAAAAUUGUUCAAAAAUUAAUUUUUUCAAUCCUUUUAUUUUGUGACAUUAGUUAACAUUUCAAAUGAAAACUAAUUUUUUGUUAUUAUAAUCCAAACACAAUCAACUGUUUGCGAUUAAUAUUUAAUAAGUUAUGAUUGUUAAUCUAAGUGAAGUUAAAUGAAAGUUAUUAAAAUUUUUUUUUCUAGUUUAUCGUUUCUUUUCCUGAGACUUGUUUUAAUUUCCCUCUUCGUUGAUGAGAUUAUUCACGUGACCUCCCAAUAUGCCAAUAAGGGGGAGGAGCAAAGUUGUUGUUGUGGACGUGCCAUGUACAGGGUAACCUUCCAGGGUUUCUGGAAACCAGAGCCGGGUAGUCGACUCGACCCAGAGCGACUUGAGUUGCGUAGUGGGUGGCGUGGUCUGGUGGGGGCCUCUCACUCGGGGGGGUUCAGUCUGUUCCAGCAGGACAAGAUGGCCCCUCCCCACCUGAGGAAGGAGAUCUCCCAGGAGAUGGUCACAGCCACAUUCCUAGAAAACCACCUCAAACAGAACCAGUUCCUGCGCACUGUGAUCCGGAUGCCAGACCUGCAGAGGGGGGAGGGGGUGGUGAGUGGCCAGAUGGGGGUGACCCCCUCGGCCCACUUCAUAUCAUUCUUCGCCUCCAUGUACCCCACAACAGACUGGUUCGCAGGCACAGACAGUGUCUCUUUAUGCUCAAACAGGUGUGUGUGGACUCGGGAGAUGGACUUGGACUUGGGCUUGUUCGAUGCAGGCACUCAUGAGCCCACGUGGGAGGCCCCUUCUGUAUUCCAGGUUGUUUCCCGACAACGUGAGGUGGGGGCUACGAUUUCCCUCCUCACCAGCAGUGGAUGGUCAUCCCACGGGGGUGCAGGGGGAGUGAACAAAGACAACGAGGCGGGGGGAGGAGAAGGGGGAUGGGAGUGGUUCCGGAACCCGAUGGCUAGACUGUUGUUGAGGAGAACAGCUGUGUUGGGCAAUGACACGUGCAGACAGAGCAACGAGGCUGUCGACCCUAACAAACCAUUCCCCAAUGUCCAGUGUCAAGUUACAGAAUGGAGCGACUGGUCUGCAUGUUCGUGUGAAGAGAGCAGCUGUCCCAACAAGUACAGAUACAGACAGAGGAGACUUGUUCAGCCCCAGUGCUGCGACCACCUCCCCCCUCAGGCUUGCCAGCAGGCAGUGGGGCACACCAACGAGAGACAAGUGUGCAAGUUCAUCUCUGACGAUAGGACAUGAAAAAAUACCCCCGAAACUUUUGAUUCCAGAUGUCAAUGGAGAUCCUUGAAAAAAAAUCUCGAAUUUGUUCCAGAUCUUUUUAUUUAACCGUUCUUCUUUGAUGACGACAACGACAGGACAUAGAACAUUAUACCCAAUAUUUUGUGUUGUCCAAAAUCACCAAAUUUAUACCCGGGUCUUUUGUGUUGCCCAAAAUUACCAAAUUAUUAUAUGAAUUUCAUUGUUUUAAAUAA